AAGAAAAGAUCUGAAGUGUUGACGCGCAGUGCCAGUUAGGGAGAGGGGAGAAGAAGGAUAUAAAAGUGAGGGAAGGUGGUUUAAUCACAGACGCAGAUCAGGUUCCCCACCGCAUCAAGGAGCUGCUCUGCCCUUCUCCUCUCCGAUCCAUAUCUAGGUAUCAUUAGGCCAGGGAAGAAACAUGUCUCAACACCAGGGGGACGAUAUGGAGUAUGCUGCAGACGAUAAUGAAAUGGCCGAAGAAGUAGAAGAUGACGCGUAUUUCCGUGGCCAAGUUUUUGUUGAUUCAGAAUCGGAUGAUGAUGAUGAUGAAUAUGAGUCUUUGGAAAACCGGAUAACAGAUACUACUGCGGCAGAAGCUAGAAAGGGGAAGGAUAUCCAAGGUAUACCUUGGGAUAGACUGAGCAUCAGUCGCGAGAAGUAUAGACAAACUAGACUAGAGCAGUACAAGAAUUAUGAAAAUAUACCGCAAUCAGGGGAACAGUCAGAGAAGGAAUGCAAACCAACAGAUAAAGGAGGAGUGUAUUAUGAUUUCUGGCAAAAUACAAGAUCUGUGAAAUCAACAAUACUUCAUUUUCAAUUGAGGAACUUGGUUUGGUCAACGUCAAAGCAUGAUGCAUAUCUUGUUUCAAAUUACUCAAUUAUCCACUGGUCUUCUUUAAGUUCCAAGAGAUCAGAAAUCUUGAAUGUUUCAGGGCAUGUAGCUCCAUGCGAGAAACAUCCUGGAAGCCUUUUGGAAGGAUUCACUCAGACACAGAUUAGUACAUUGGCUGUGCGGGAUAGAUUGUUGAUUGCUGGGGGUUUUCAAGGAGAACUUAUUUGCAAGUACAUAGAUCGACCUGGGGUUAGCUUUUGUUCUAGAACUACAUUUGAUGACAAUGCAAUCACAAAUGCUGUCGAGAUCUAUGACCAUCCAAGUGGAGCUGUUCAUUUCAUGGCUUCAAAUAAUGACUGUGUAGUUAGAGACUUUGACUUGGAGAGAUUUCAGCUUUCCAAACAUUUCUUCUUUUCCUGGCCAGUAAAUCACACUUCAUUGAGCCCUGAUGGUAAAUUACUUGUAAUUGUUGGAGACAACCCUGAAGGGAUGCUAGUGGAUUCUCAAACUGGAAAGACUGUCAUGCCUUUAUGUGGACAUUUGGAUUACUCAUUUGCAUCUGCAUGGCAUCCUGAUGGCCGCAUAUUUGCCACCGGGAACCAAGACAAAACAUGCCGUGUUUGGGAUGUUAGGAACUUGUCAAAGUCUGUUGCUGUGCUUAAGGGCAAUCUUGGAGCUAUUCGAUCUAUACGAUUCUCAUCUGAUGGGCAGUUCAUGGCAACAGCUGAGCCGGCUGACUUUGUGCAUGUCUAUGAUGCAAAGAAUGGGUUUCAGAAGGAGCAGGAGAUAGAUUUUUUUGGGGAGAUCUCUGGUGUAUCUUUUAGCCCUGACACAGAAUCACUUUUCAUAGGCGUGUGGGAUCGCACCUAUGGAAGCCUUCUUCAGUACAAUAGGCGAAGAAGCUGCAUGUAUCUUGACUCGUUGUAAAUUUGUAACUGCACACACCUUGUAUUUUUAAGCAACUGCAGUUUAUGUUCUUCUGUCUUAGGAAUUUGAGAACUGUGGCAGUGUCCAAAGGAAGCAAAACUGGUUUGCCUCAUCACACAAUGUAGGAGCUGUUUGUACUUUGUACCCUGUUGUGUUGAAAUAACAUUGACUGCAAUCUCUUGAACA